GUGCUAUUCUUUCUGUUUGCUCGCAGCUAGCAGUGUGUGCGCUGAAGGGGUGCGUGGGUGAAAGGCUAGGAAGUUCAGCUGUACGUGCAGAAUGGCCGGGGUUUCGCUGGUUCUGCCUGCUAGAGGUCGCUCAUAUGUGUGGGGGAGAAGCUCGUUCGUUACAGAUGAGGACAUGCGGGCUUGCUCGAUCCAAGGGAUUCUGCUGGGUUCAGGGACAGAGAGCGAUGGUGUUGAAACAAUGGAUUCAGCUGACUCGAAGACUAAGGCAGUUGGCCACACUGUUGUUCGUGCAUCAGGCAGUGCAGUGUCCGAGGAGCAGUUGCUGGAACCUAAGCUGGAGGGCUUUGACGAUUCAGAGUGCAAGCAGACGGUUGGCCACGAUGAAAAAACGAGUAUGCAUGAGGAGGUGGCAUCCUCUGCGUCAGGUCGGAAGCACGCUUUAGAAGAUACUGAUGAUGAUGCUGACAGCAACACAUCCAAGAGAGCACGUUUAUGCUGAUUAGGCUGCAACAAACAGUGCUAGCGCAACUAUGUGUCGCCAUGGGGGAGAAAAUCAUGGAAAAAAUUUCCUGCUUGCAGUGAGCAAAGUCGGAAUGAAUAAAAUAAAUUGUUCUCUACUUUUGUACUAUGUUACUUGCGUAAGUUCUCCUUGUUGCAUUGACUGGUACUGGAAUGAUCAGUUAAUCUUCUCCUGCUCGUGUAUU